AUGGGCAAGAAAAUAGCCACAAAGGAGUUUAAUAUACCUCCACCAAAAUGUUUCCCAAGCACCAAUGUGAUAUUACCACAUUUCCUUAUAGGAGACGAAGCGUUUGCUCUCAGUGAUUAUAUGAUGAAACCUUAUUCCAGAAGAGUUGCUGCAUCACAUCCAGACAAACAGAUCUAUAAUUACAGAUUAUGCAGUGCUCGUCGAGUGUCGGAAAACGCCUUUGGGCUAUUAAGCCAAGUAUUUAGGGUAUUUUAUAGCCCUAUUCCUGUGGCGCCUGAAGUGGCUAACGACCUCGUUUUGUCGGCAUGUUGUUUACACAAUUUGCUACGAGACGGUUAUCUUGAAGAAAAUGAUAUUCCAUUUUAUAGCUAUAGUUUUAACGAAGCAGCCAGCCAAACAACAUUCAUAGCUUUUCUCGUUUUGGAGGAUUUCUAA